ACACCACACCUGUGUAACUCUCUCUUUAUUGUCUCUCUCUCUCUCUUUGCAGGAAACACUCACACUGGGGAGCUGUUGUGAGUUAGUUACGUAGCGGAGAAGUUUGAAUCUUUGUAUACAACCUAGCCGAUCUCUCUGCAACUCUGCAACGAUAUCCCGAUGGCGGGAAGACGACCAGCGGAGUUGAGUGAGCAGUCUGACGACGACGUGCAAAAGACUAGCUCCUCCAGCUCGGCAGACACACAUGGCCUCUCCUCGAAGGACGUAAGCGACUCCUCGGAAACGCCACCGCCGCUG